GGGAGGAGAGAUGGGCUCCCAGGUUGUGCAGACCCUGCGCCAGGGAGUCUGGGCGUCACUAACCGGGGGCUGGUACCACGACCCGGACCAGAACAAAUUCAACAACUCGUGCCAUCUAUAUCUCUGGAUCUUCCUGCUGAUGCUGCCCCUGUCUCUCCAUCUGGCCCUUCCACCGACCACCAUGGCACUGAGCAUCUACUGCACCUCCAUCACUGUCUUCUUCAUCCUCAUCAAGCUGGCCAACUACCGUCUGCACCUGAUGUUUGACCAGGGCGAGGCGGUGGCCCGCAGUAGCCUCUCAGACCUCAGCAAGGCCCCUGAGAAGAAGAGUAAUGCCUCUGACUCCUGCCUGCCUGCCAGCAUCAGGAAGAGCAGCACAGUGCCAGACAGUGUUGCCAUGACAAUGCUGGCACAGAACCGGCCCAGUCCAGUGAUCCAGGUGACAGUGAAACAGACUGAAACUGAUCCGGGUCUCAUUGGAGUGGAGUGUCCAAAGUCAGAUGAGGUGAAGGCUACAGAAGGACAGACUGAGUGCACUGUGGAGGAGAGACCUGCAGAGGAUGGUCUUCAGCCUAGCCAAGAGCUUUCUCCAGAGGACUUCUCCAGCCCCAACCCUGACCAGGAUGCCCCACUGCUGCCGGCCCAGCAGAGGCCUCCUAAAGAGACUACAGACAGGGAAAUGGUGGACGAGGGUCUGUCUCUCUCUAAGGGCAGUGAGGGGGGGAGUGGGGAGGAGAGUCAGGGGCAGAGAGAGCCCUCGGAUGCCAACAAUAACUCGCUGGAGAUCCCCCAGGACCACCAGGAUGAUCUUAUCGACAUCUCCCAGUCUCCUACACAGGCUGAGCCGUUGGAGGAGACAUAUUGCUCUGAUGAGAUCGCGGUGGUUCUGGUGGACAACUCCGUUCCUGGACCGACGUCAGCCCAUCUGGAUGACAGCGACACCGUGAAGAUAAUCAUCACCAUGAGCUGUGACCCACAAACUGCUGCUCAGUUGGAGGAGAGUGUCAAGCAGAGCCUCCUGGAGAACGCACAGGCUCAGAAAGAAGCAGGAGAGUGCCAUAUCAAAAUCCCUGUCAUCACCUUUGACUCCCCGGAAGAAGAGAGGGAGGAGGGUGAGGAAGGGGCCAGGUCCGAGGAUGAAUCCACUCCAAAGCAGCUAGAGAUGAUGAACCUGAGUGAAGAAUUCCAUCUUUGCAGGGAAACACUAAGUUCUGAGUCGACCACGCUCGAAUGUCCAGAUCCUGACCAGGAGCAUCUGAGCACUCAACUCACCAAUGACAACAUGCCCAGCCCGCAACUGACCAAUGACAAUAGUUCGUCGGGCAUCGAUGUCCACUCCCACCCUGACGACACGGACUCUCCUGAUCUCAAUGUGGAUUCGGAGGGUUUCCUGCGUUUGCCGCCUGCGUUUGGUCGGUACGGGCCUGGAGGAAGGACUCACAUCCGUGGGCUCAGCAUGGACAGCGGGAAAGAUGCUGUUCUACUGUCAGACUGUUCCCGUAACACGACCACCAUGACCAGUUCUAAGUCAGACCUGGAAGCCAAGGAAGGCCAGAUCCCCAACGAGUCCAACUUCCUGGAGUUUGUUUCUCUGCUGGGCUCACUUAGCACCAGAGGAGGUGGUGCCAGUUCAAAGGAAGAGGAAAAACAGGAACGCAAAGAGGAAACAGGAGCUGGAGAGGAAGAGCACGAGACCCCCAGACACGAUGACGCGAUCACAGUGUCGAACACUGACAGCCAGCCCGAGAGACCAAACCCACCCAACAGUCUGGCUACAGACACCCUGCAGACCGUACCUCCCUCACACAUCCCAAUAGUCUCCCCUGACAGUCCCCAGACAGACCGCGAGAAGGACCCGGAUUACGAUUCCUUACCCUCCCAGACCUCCCAGUCUGAGAGCUCCAUGCUACAGGUCAUCUGCCGGCCAGAGGCCACCAACAAAGAAGAGGCUUACACCUUCCACACUGUACACAGAGACAGGCCUCGGAAGCUGUAUGCGGAGAGAGCCCUGAACCUGCCUCUGGGAGCCGAGCUCAUCACUGGCAACAUGUGUGACCUGCUGUCAACUUCUUCCAACUCAGAAUGCCAGGACGGCCUGGUGGGCGGUCACUCCGACUGCCCGUUCCAGCGCCGCAUCAUCCCCGCCCACAGGCUUCGGCCACGUAGAACACACCCCGAGAUCUUCCAGGAGGACUCUUUGGACGAGUCCUCGGAAACAUCCACACAGGAGAAGCCGACCAGGAAGCUUUAUUACAAGCUGGCUUUGUUUCCUGGGAAAUGGAUUAACAUCCUGUAUGACCGACUCACCUUGCUUGCCCUACUGGACAGGAACCAGGAUGUUCGGGAGAACUUGGUAGCGGUCUUCAUGGCCUUCCUUGUCUCCUUUCUCGGCUUCCUCCUCCUUAACCACGGCUGUUUCAAAGACUUCUGGGUGUUCCAGUUCUGCCUGGUUAUUGCCAGCUGCCAGUACUCAUUACUAAAGAGUGUCCAGCCAGAUGCUGCCUCACCAACACAUGGCCAUAACCAGCUGGUGGCUUACAGCCGUGCGGCCUAUUUCUGCAUCUUCUGCGGUCUAAUCUGGCUGCUGGAGCAGCUGCUGAGGUGGAAGGAUCUUCCGGUCUCCACCCUGUAUGGUGUCACCAUCGUCUGUCACGAUGCCCUCGGCUUCCUCCGAGACCUGCUAGUGGGUUUUACUUACUGCUUCCCCGUUGCCUUCUUGGUGGGCCUGUUCCCUCAGAUCAAUACCUUCAUGAUUUACCUGCUGGAGCAGAUCGACAUGCACUUCUUUGGAGGAACAGCCGCCACUGGCCUCCACUCUGCAAUCUACAGCAUCCUGCGCAGUCUCUUAGCUUUGUCUCUACUCUACGGCUUCUGCUUUGGAGCUCUCAAGGAGCCAUGGGAUGAGCAGCACACCCCAGCUCUGUUCUCUGGUUUCUGUGGCCUCUUGGUUGUCUUCUCCUACCACCUCAGUCGGCAGAGCAGCGACCCCUCCGUGUUACUAUCCCUGAUCAAGUCUAAGCUAAUGCCGGCUCUGGUAGAGAAUGAGGAAGAGGAGGAGGAAGACUCGGAUAUUAAAGACCCGCUCCCGGAGAAGCUUCAGAACUCAAUGAAGGACAUCCUCCUGUCAGAUGUGAUAGUGUGCUCUGUUGCCUACAUCCUAACCUUCGCCGUCACCGCUAGUACAGUCUUCCUCUCUCUCAAGCCCUUUGUGACCAUCGUGUUGUAUGCGCUGGCGGGGACCGUAGGUUUCGUCACCCACUACCUGAUCCCCCAGCUGAGGAAGCACCACCCGUGGCUAUGGAUCUCCCACCCCAUCCUCAAGACCAAGGAAUACCACCAGUUUGAACCCAGAGAGGAUGCUGUGCUGAUGUGGUUUGAGCGACUGUACGUCGGCCUGCUGUGUUUUGAGAAGUACGUGGUUUACCCCGCCAUCGUGCUGAGUGCGCUCACUAACGACGGCUUUGCCCUCAGUCACCGCAAGAAGCUGGGGAUCCACUGUGAUGUUUUUCUGAUGACGGUUGCGGGUCUCAAACUCUUGCGCUCGUCCUUCUGCGACCCCAGCUUCCAGUUCCUGACACUCCUCUUCACGCUUGUGUUCUUCCACUUUGACUGUCCGCACGCCUCCGAGAGCUUCCUGCUUGACUUUUUCCUCAUGUCCAUCAUCUUUCACAAGAUGCGCGAUCUGCUGCUGAAGCUUCAUUUCAUCCUGGUUUACAUCGCUCCCUGGCAGAUUGCCUGGGGAAGCGCCUUCCACGCCUUCGCUCAGCCCUUCGCUGUACCUCACUCAGCCAUGCUGUUGCUCCAGACCCUGUUGACCACCGUCUUCUACACUCCCCUGGCCCCCUUCCUCGGCAGUGCCAUCUUUAUCUCCUCCUACCCGCGGCCUGUCAAGUUCUGGGAGCGCAACUACAACACCAAUCGUAUUGAUAACUCCAACAGCAGGCUGGUGUCCCAGGUGGAUAAAGAGACCGGCUGUGACGAUAACAACUUAAACUCCAUCUUCUACGAGUACCUAACCCGUUCACUGCAGCAUUCGCUAUGUGGCGACCUGAUGUUAGGACGGUGGGGCAACUACAGUGCUGGAGACUGCUUCAUCCUGGCCUCGGACUACCUCAAUGCCCUGGUCCACCUCAUCGAGAUAGGCAAUGGACUGGUUACCUUCCAGCUGAGGGGUUUGGAGUUCAGAGGCACUUACUGCCAGCAACGGGAGGUGGAGGCCAUCACAGAGGGUGUUGAGGAGGAUGACGCGUGCUGCUGUUGCGAGCCAGGUCAUCUGCCUCACAUGCUGUCCUGCAACGCAGCCUUUAACCUGCGCUGGCUGGCCUGGGAAGUGACAGCUACCAAGUACCUACUAGAGGGCUACAGCAUCAGUGAGAACAAUGCUGCCACCAUGCUGCAAGUCUACGACCUGCGCAAGCUGCUCAUCACUUACUACCUGAAGAGUAUCAUCUACUUCCUGGUCCAGUCUCCCAAGCUGUCCGGCUGGCUGAAGGAUGUAACCAUUCAGGACUCACUGCAGUCCUACACCAAAUGGCACCACAUUGAGCGCGACCCACAGGUCUUCAGUGUGAAGAUUGAUGAAGACUACGUGCACUGCUUGCAGGGGGUGACGCGUGCCAGUUUCUGCAACGUCUACCUGGAGUGGAUCCAGUACUGUGCCGGCAAAAUGGAGACACCCAUGGAAAGUGAUGAGGACUCCCCUCUGGUGACUCUGUCCUAUGCUCUCUCUGUUCUUGGGAGGAGAUCCCUUGGCACAGCAUCACACAACAUGUCCAAUAGUCUGGAGUCGUUCCUGUAUGGUUUCAACACACUCUUCAAAGGAGACUUCCGCAUUGCCACCAAAGACGAGUGGGUGUUCGCUGAUAUGGACCUUCUGCAGAAGGUGGUGGCUCCCGCCGUCAGGAUGAGCCUCAAACUGCACCAGGACCAUUUCACAUGUCUGGAGGAGACAGAGGAGGCGUCCAUCUUGUACGAGGCCAUCAGCAACUACCGUAGCAGCUUGGUCAUCUGCCAUGAGAGCGACCCCGCUUGGCGUAAGGCGGUCCUGUCCAGCCGCGACACGCUGCUCACGCUGAGGCACAUGAUCGACGACGGGACGGACGAGUACAAGAUCAUCAUGCUGUACAAACGCCACCUGAGCUUCAAGGUCAUCAAGAUCAACAAGGAGUGUGUGCGUGGUCUGUGGGCGGGCCAGCAACAGGAGCUGGUCUUCCUGCGGAACAGGAACCCGGAGCGUGGCAGCAUUCAGAACUCCAAGCAGGCGUUGAGAAACAUGGUCAACUCAUCCUGCGACCAGCCACUUGGCUACCCAAUGUAUGUGUCGCCGUUAACCACGUCGUAUGCCGGGACACACCGGAUGCUCCGCAGCAUCGGAGGAGGGCCGUUAAGUCUGGACUCCAUACGCAGCUGGUUCUGCUCCAAAUGGCUACGGGUGCGUAAGGACAACCUGACCAGCUGCAACAGCGGGGUGAACAUGGAUGAUGUCGACUGUGGUGCUGGUGGUUCAUCCUCCAUGAGUCACAACCACCCUUCUUCGGUCACCUCCAACAGCCUGAGCCUUUAUCAGCACAGGGCCCGGACCACUCACAACCACAGACCCCACAACACCGCCAGGAGAGAGUACCGCAGCCGGUCAGUUCAGCCCCAGAGCCAGCGGCCUCCUGUCAGCAGCCAAUCAGGGCCCAUCCUGGACUCAGGCUCCGCUCAUGGCUUGGUCCAGCGUCUGUCCAAUAGUCAGUUGUCCUUCAACACCUCUAUAGCCUCCAUCUUCUCCCAGGUCCCUCGUCUGUCAGGAGCUGGUGGGAUCAGCUCCCAGCUGCAGGCAGCGCAGCAUCAGCAGCGCUCCAGCCAGGUCUCUUCGUCCUCCUCCACUCUCAGCCUGCUGUUUGGGAAACGUAGUUUUUCCAGCGGUUUGGUCAUCUCUGGGCUGUCGGCAGCCGAGGGGGGAAACACCACUGACACGCAGUCCUCAUCCAGCGUAAACAUCGCCAUUGGACCCUCACACAGGUCCAGCAGUCGAGCUACACAGUGGACAUCAGAGGCAUACGAGAGUAUAGAUGCGACCUAUCCAAAUACUGCUAUUGGUCUAAAAGACAGCACACAGUCAGGUGACAGAGGCACCAGCCAAGGCAUAGACAAGACCCAGGAGGACUCAGCCUCUGACUCAACGGCCCCGGAGGCUAUGGAUCAAAAGACCAUCUGAGAAAAAGAAAAUAAACAUACACUCAAGUACACACACACACAUACACACACACACACACACAAGAGACUGUGAGGGUGCAUGCACACUCACGCCCAUAUACAGAGAAGACUGUGAAAGAUCUCACACAUACACACACACACUCACACGAUUCUAGGCGAUAACACCCAUGCACAUGAGUCUGCCUCCUGUUCUGUCCUCAGCAUGGUCUCAGCCUGUGGUCUGAAUGUAAACCAAUCUCAAUGGAUAAAAAGAAAAUCGUGAUCUCAGACUUGGUGACGAAAUAAAAGAGAGUUUUUAA